GUCCUAGCCUUGCCGAGCUCGGCAUCUCUAUCCUAUCCAUCCUUCCUUCCCAUCCCUGCCCUGCCUUCUCUCUCUCCAUCUCCCCUUCCAAGAUUUCUGUCCUCGUCUGUUUGUGGCCUGGACUGCCUUGCUGCGGCGCGGUCAAUCCCUCGGCGGACGAACCAACACCCGCGCCGCCGGCCGAUCCGCACGCCGGAUCAGAUUUCCUUGCAGGAUCUUGCUUGCUAGGUAGACGUGCAUACUUGUGUUUGAGCGAGCCCAUGUCGACGGCGGUGGCGCCGGGGAUGGCGCGGGGUCACGGGUUCCGGGCCGCGGAUAAGGGGAAGCAGCGGGCGGAUUCGGAGGAGCCGGAGACGAAUCGGGGCGGCAGAGGCGGCGUCAACGGGUUAUACGUCGAUGAUGAUGAGGAGGAGGGGCAGGUGGAGGUGGGGAGCGCUGAGCUGAGGGAGCUCGAGGAGGCGCUCUCGGACAACUCCUCGAUCGGGGCCGCCUCGUCCGACAGCUCCUCGAUCGGGCAGGACUCCGCGUCGGAGAAGGAGGACGACGAGGAGGUGGAGAGCAAGGUCAAGCCGCCGGUGGAGGAGGUCUUCGGCAUGGGGCUCGGCACGAUCGAGUCCCUCGAGGAUGCGCUGCCCAACAAGCGGGGCCUCUCGAAUUUCUACGCCGGAAAGUCGAAAUCCUUCACGAGCCUGGCGGAGGCGGCUGCCAAGGCGGCCGCGAAGGAGAUCGCCAAGCCGGAGAACCCGUUCAACAAGCGGCGCCGCGUGCUGGCGGCGUGGUCGCGGCGGAGGGCCUCCUGCAGCUCGCUGGUCACCACGUACCUGCCCCCUCUCCUCUCCCUCGACCACACCGUGGUGGAGGGGGACGAGGGCGAGGAGGACGAGGACCGCUCCAACGACGGCGGUGACGAGCACGACGAUGGUGGUAACGGCAGCGGCCAGAGCAGCAGGAGGGAGUCUCCCCGGUUCCCUCCGCGCGGGCUUAGCCUCAUGCAGAGCGCGUCCCAGAAGGGCGCCGCCAUGGCCAUGAUGCGGAGCCCGACUGCGAACAAGACGAGCUCGUUCCGAUCUCCUAGGUCGUAUUCGCUCUCCGACCUGCAGAACGCCGGGUACAACUAGCUGGAAUUUAGACCGGAUUUAGGUUGCCGGAGCUGGUGCUGUAUAAUCAAGAAUAUCUCUCUCUAUAUAAGAACCUCCAUUAAUUUGUUGUGUUCUUUUGCCUGAUCUGAA